UCCUUGAGGACGGCACAGCUUGCCCUACCCAAAACAGUCUUUUUUUUUUUUUUUUUUUUCCUGGCUGGGCCCGUUUCAUCUGAAAUACAGAGUGACCGGAGGAAGGACACGUUUUUCAGAACAACUCAGUCCUUGGGGAUUAUUCUCUAGUGCUCUUUGCAUCCUCUGGGGGUCAAGCGCUGAACUGGACUGCGGUGUGGCAAUGGGAGAUGAGAGGCGCAUGACGCGGAUGCUGUUGGAAUGCAGUCUCAGUGACAAGUUGUGUAUCGUCCGGGAGCAGCAGUAUGAAAUCAUCAUCAUCCCAACCCUUCUGGUUGGGAUCUUCCUCAUUCUCCUUGGGGUCAUCCUGUGGCUUUUCAUCAGAGAACAAAGAGAGCAACAGCAGUCUCCUGGACUACGAGGUGUUGCCCACGUGCCUCCAUCUAGGGGCCUAAGCUGGGAAGCAGCAAGACCUGAAGGAAGUGUGUUUGUACCACUUAAGGAGACAUCGGUGGAAAGCCUUCUACGAACCUCCACACAUUCCCUGGCUAAGCUGCAGUUGCCCCGGGAGCACCUCUCUGAAGUUCUGGAGCAAAUCCACAAUGGUAGUUUUGGGACCAUCUACCGAACCAAGAUAUAUACUGGGGACCCUGGUGAGCCCAAGAGUGUUGUCCUCAAGGCUUUAAAAGAACCAGCUGGGCUCCAAGAGGUGCAGGAGUUCUUAGGGCAAAUCCAGUUCUAUCAGUACCUGGGGAAGCACAAGAACCUGGUACAGCUGGAAGGCUGCUGCACAGAAGGGCUGCCGCUCUAUAUGGUGUUGGAGGAUGUGGCCCAGGGGGACCUGCUCAGCUUUCUCUGGACCUGUCGCCGGGAUGUGAUGACCAUGGAUGGCCUUCCAUAUGACCUCACAGAAAAACAAAUAUAUCACAUAGGGAAGCAGGUCCUUUUGGCUGUGGAAUUUCUCCAGGAUAAGCAUCUGUUCCAUGGGGAUGUGGCAGCCAGGAAUAUCCUGAUCCAGUGUGAUCUCACUGCUAAACUCUGCGGACUGGGCCUGGCUUAUGAAGUUCACUCCCGAGGGGCCAUCUCGUCUACUCGCAUCGUACCUCUCAAGUGGCUCGCCCCAGAACGGCUUCUGCUGAGACCAGCUGGCAUCAAAGGAGACAUCUGGUCUUUUGGGAUACUGCUCUACGAGAUGGUGACUCUAGGGGCACCUCCAUAUCCUGAAAUCCCCCCUACCAGCAUCCUACAGCAUCUCCAAAGAAGGAAAAUCAUGAAGAGACCCAGUAGCUGCACACACACCAUUUCUACGCAUGUCGGAAGCCAACCAAAGUGGGGGUGAGAAGAAAUGAGGCAGGAGAAGGAGGAUAUCAAAUUGUCAGCAGAAAGGGACAGUUGGUGAACUAACGUAGAGGCAGAAAAUGGAAAAAUUAAAAAUUACACUCAGAAUUUUAUAACCAAUAAAGUACAAAAAAGGUUGUUAUAGAACAUAAGGAAAGGUAAAUUAUUUUUAAGAAGACAGGAGUUAAUAUAUUAAUAUACAUUUCUAUUAAAGUUGUUGCUAUUUUGUAAAUUUUUCAGCACUGAAAGGGUAAAUUUCCAGCACCUGGGUUUCCCAACAUGAAACAGUUACAGCAUCAAGCAUGUUAAAACUGUUAAAUGUCAUAACUGUUGAUAUAUAUUUUUAUGUGUAUAUACACACACAUACACACAGUAUAGUGAUACUGGCUGGGUAUACUAGAAUGAAGUUGUUGACAAAUAUUUCUGAUAGGCUUUAUGUGUAUAAAAGGCUGUCCUUGAUACGGGGGAGAGACAUUUAACUGAUAAAGUACCUGGUCUUGAAGAAGGAUAUCAGAAACAACAUGAAAAUCAACAUCAAGUUUGAGGCAAUAAGUAGAAUGGUUAAAAGCUCAGAUUCAUCUCAUAGAGUCAAAAAGACACACGUUCAGUCCUAGUCCUACUACUUUACUGUGCGUUGUUUACUUAUCUUAAAAUAGGUAUAAUGAUAAUCCUACCUCAAAAUUAUUUUGAGGCUACAAUGAAAUAAUGCAUGUUAAGUUUCCCUACCAUGCCUUUUGUAAUAAAUAAGUUCUUGGUAAAACGUUAGCAGUAUUAUUAAAGUAGCAUCUUAUACAAAGUCUCAUUGUACAACAUUAGAGAGUGUGAGAAACACAGUGCAUGCUGAGGUUUAUAAGGAAAGGAAUUGAGACUUAAACCUGUAGGAAAGGAUAACCAUGGAGAGGAUAUUCAAGGAAUUGGGCAGAGCAUGAGCAAAGACAGAGUUGGGUGUUACUAACCACAUCUAGGGUAUAGCAAGACACUGACUUGCCAGGAGGAGAGGGCUUCAGUUAGGCAAGAACUAUGUGCUAAGAAGCUGGGGGGUGGGAUGUUGACUUUAUAUGGUGAGCAGUGGUAAAUCACUGUAGGUUCCUGGGCAGGAAUGAGACUUGAUGAAGAGUGUUUGAAAACAGGCCAUGUUGUAAAUUCUCUAGACACUGGAUUGAAGCAAAGACAGAUUAAAGGUGGUAAGUACUUCUAUCUCGAUUAAGGCAAUUUCCUGGAGAAGCUAAGUAAUAAAGGGGGGAAAUGACCUGGAUUAAAGGAAGGAACCAUCUAAUUACAUUAUCUGAAAUUAGUAUAAAUCGUAUUAUUCCAUACCUUCUUAUUUUCCUUGCUGUAAUGUAGCUCAUACUGGUAGAUAAGUUAUAACAAUGGUUUGGAAUGAUGCAAAUGAAUAACAUGUAAGAUGAAAACACUUCAGAGUUUUUGGUAAUCUAAUGGGAAAAAAACUGUUCUGUCAUACUGAUUGUAGUUUAGGAAAUAUUUAGUCAUUCCUUUGAUAAAAAGGGUCCUGUUGAGAAGAUGAUAUUAAGAGACUUAGCAUUAGGAAGAUGAGAAGGAACAGUAUUCUCUGGGAAGCAUAUGGGACACAGCAGUGAGAAGUAGGUUAAAGACUCAUAGGUUUCCUUUUUUAAGGUUUGUUAGGAGAGGAGACAGUUUCUCUUGUUUCUCUUGUUUCUCUUGUUUUCCUUUCAGGUACGGUCUCAUGAAGUCCUGCUGGCGUUGGAGUGAGGACAGCCGCCCCUCACUUAGAGAGCUACAUUCACGCCUAGAAACUGC